CCAUUGCCCGUGCGGCUCUCAGGCCGCCGUGACACUCAGCUCCGUCGUUGGAUGGAUCAGUUCAGAGAAAAAAAAUCCAACGCCGAAGGAGGCGUCUUACCUCCUUCUUACCGGCCGGUAUCUCACGGUAGCAGAAUGAGUGACCAUGGAAGCAGAAUGUGCGCCUUGGCUUUUGCCGCCGAGGGGGGAGUGACGACGGGGUCAAAUGGUCGUUUGGGUAUAUCAUGGCCGAUGGUCACGACCGAGCCCCGAUCCAAUCCCAGCCUCUUCACCAUCGUAGAUCAACAAUCUUUCGGAGUCUCCCACUGGAAGAGCAUUCAGCAUGGCGAACCACACCGCCAGUAGCAGCAAGUCUUUCAUCCCACUACCUUCCAACCCCGCCACACCUCCGCAACGUGUUGUCGCUCCGCUACCAACGCCUGGUGCUCCCACAGCGAGACGCUCCUACAGGCUCAAGGGUACGAGCAGCUGCCCUCCUUCGCCUGUAAUCGCCACCGCUACCUCAGGCUCCGCAAGCUCGCCGGAGUCUGAGCCACUCCUCUUCAAGCCCCACCCCUUCUUCCUCGAGGUCGCCCAGCCUCAAGCGCAGAGGGACCCCUCACCCACCCCUCCACCAGCUAGGAGGGUGCGCUCCUUGCCUGCUUCUAUCUGGAUGCAGGAGAAGUGGUGCGAUGAUGAGCAAGACGUCACUGUAGGCCUUACGGCAGCUAAGCAGCCUUCGGCAUCGACGGUGGGAAGGAGCUCGGCGACUACUACAGCCUUCAAGCCGGCGACUAGGCCCUUCAUUGACUGGGAUGGCUACAAGCCUGGCGAGUCGUCGACGUCGGCUAGCAACAGCACGCCGGUCACCACGAGCGACACCAGUAGCGCCAGCAGUAUCGGCGCCUAUACCCAGCCUGAAGGCCAUGCCAGCGUCAACGACCCCCGUGCAAGCUACCUCCCAUGGGGCGCCCUCGACCCCGCAGCGGUCGACUACCUGACCCUACGCACGCAGAAGCUCCUCGAUGAGAAAUAUGAAGACGAAGGCGAUUCGACGAUCAAGUUCUCCAUCUCUGCUUCCACGAGCCUAUCUUCCACACAUACCGUAAUGGCACCGCGACCGCGUCCGUACAUCGCCUGGCCGGAGGACCAGCUCCUCACCUCCGUACCAAGCGAGACGACUACGGGCAUGCCUGCCCCUCCUUCCCCCAUCACCGUACCGCUCAACGGUCUCUUCUCCUGCUACGACCACUUCACCCCCGCCACAAGCGCAGGCGAGGACGCAAAAGAACCCCUCCUGCAAAGCUCAAGCGAUAUAGGCACCUCCGGGUCGGGCGAGGCGAGCCUCAGUGCAACCAGUAGCGCCUAUGAGAGUCCGAGCGUCUUUGAAGACUUUGUGGUUACACUGAGGCGCGAGAGUCAGGCGAGAUCCGAUGCAGACGCAGCCCUGAUUGCCACCAGUGUGGCCAUCGGAGGAGGAGGAGGAGGAGCUGGUGAAUCGAGCGUGGCUGGGCCCAGUAGGCUUCCCUUUGUUGGGCUGGGGGAGAGGUUUAUGGCGCAUCGUGAGAGGCGCACGAGUGAUGCGCUCACGGAUAGUAGUGGGGUGUGCUCGGCUGGGUGUUGUCAAGCUACGACUGUGCCGAAUGACAGUGAGGAGGGCAAUAGCCACGUUUGUGAGGUGGCUGCGCGUGGCGAGGAGAAGAAGUGCGAGCGCAUAGCUGAUACGAGUCGGCAGGAAGAGGAGGAUCGUAGGCCUGAUGGCGAUCUUGACGAGGAGGAGGACGAAGACGAGGACGAGGAAGGGUAUGUGCUGCUGAACGCCGAGGACGCGCAAGAGGAUGGAGGGGAAGCGCGCGAGGAGAGUCCCCAAGACCUGGAUUGUCGUAUCAGGAAAUGGCUCGUUGCUUCUUGAUUUUUCUUGCACUGAGCGCAAUGCGAGAAGUCUUGAUGGUGGAACACAGCCGAUUGUGCGCGAGUCGGAUCGGGUGGCAAGGCAUUAGUGGUCAGUCAAGCAGGAAGGCCUUGGCAGAGUAGACGUCACACGACGUGGCAGCACGCCUCGAGUGGGA